AGAGAGAGAGAGAAAUGCUUGAGAAUCUCACAUCUUGAAACCUCUAUUCGCAACAGAGGAAAAGGAAGGAAGAGAGAAAACGAGAUGAACAGCCUAAAAGGGAGGAAGCGUGACAAAAAGAGGUAGUAGGGCAAAAGGAGAAAGAGGAGAACAAGGGUAAGGAAGAAGAAGCACACUUCAGAUCCAGAACACGAGACAGGAAUACUGAAGCUCUCAGAAGGAAAAAGACACACUCAGAGUCUUAAGCAAAAGAGGGAUUCUGUCGAUUUGGGAGUGGGACGAAAAAAUUCUGAGGGAUAGAAGGAGAGAGAAUGAUGGACUGAUGAUAAGAUCGGCAGUUUCUCGCGUGGAGCACGUCUGCCCUGCACGCGCUCUUAUCCGUUUCGUUGUACUCUUUACUUCACUUCUUUUCUCGAUUACUUCAAACCCUGUCAGCAUCCCGACGUUGAGGUGAAGACGGCUCCUGUUGGCAAUCUAGACGACCGCGACGAUGCCCAGAAUUGUCAGAUAUUCGGUCAAGAUCACCCGUCAGUUUGAAAUAGGGAGUCCUGACAUCAAGUGACUUCAUUCUGGAAAAAAAUUGCUUUACCUACUUCUUCCUUGAAUCACGGACAAGGGAUGUGAAGAUAAAAGGAGCUGGUUUUUGUUGAUGUUUACUUGAUGGUGCAUAAAUGAAACUUUCUGUAUACUUCAGUUAACAAUUUUUUAUUUUUGUGUUGGUUCUUCUUGCGGUGUUGGAUUAAACCUACCUUAUAGUAAUAUUAAAGAGAUAUUAUUAGACGGGUAUUAAUAUUUAUAGUAAGAGUGAGUUAAAAUCUUUAUCAUCUACAAGUUUGAUGAACUACAGAAAUCUUGAACCUUGAUGAUGUUCAUGUUGUUGGAUAAUCAUUGCAGGAUUGAAUGAUUCGAUCAUUUUUGGUAAUCGUUUAGUGCUGGUCGAAAAGGUUGACCUAAGACGUUGUCGAUAAUGUAUCCUGAGUGAUCAAUAAUCGUGACUAUCUAUAUACAAGUAUGAACAUUAAGAAUCUUGAACCAAUUUGAGGUAAAUACCCUUGUUGGAUUACCUUCAUCGGAACUACGUGAUUUCGAAUAGCAGAGUGAUAGUGAUUUACAAACUCAGUCAGCUGCAUAUUCGCAGGUCUGGGGUAUGUGUUUGAUAUCUAUUGAUCAGAACUGAUUAAUAAAAAUUUGAAAAAUAAGAUAUUGGCGGAAUUGAAUGACCAAAGUGAUAAAGAAGUUUAUAGUUAUCAAAGUGAAAAAAAAGUUAUAUUUCGGUGAACAUUGUUAUUGAAUGUGUCAAUCUAUUGUGUCAUACUUGGGACCAGGAAGAGCCAAGAGAGUAGGGUAUUCUUAUGAAGUGAUAUCGUUUUUUUUUUUUUUAAUAAGAGAUUCAUGAUUCAUCCAAAGGCAGAGGGUAUGACGUGCGCUCUCGAUGAUAGAUUCUUUGUGAAUCCUCUUCAAUCUCGAGGACUCACGAUCGACAGGAUGCAGCAGCAACAGCAUGAUCAACGAAACGAGGUGUCGGUGGAUUGCUGCUAUCAGCAAUGGACCACACAUCAUCAUCAGCAGCUGCCGCCGGUUCCUUCACCCAUGCAACAGAUGGAAGCAUGCCUUCAAACAGCUGGACGUAUAAAACGUUCUCGAAGUCCUAAUAUUGUAGGAACUUCUCUCUCGCGCCCAGUUUCCUCAGCGUUAUCUUCAUCGCCGUCAGAAACCCUGAAUGACAAUAACAACAAUCAUAAUGAAGACACUACUGUUUCCUCGGCAGAAGAUGUUGGCUCCAAGAGGCCACUUCAUCCAGCUUUAGUUGAAACUGGAGCUGCUCUGGAAGCUAGACCUUUGUGGGAAGAAUUUCACCAACUUGGAACGGAAAUGAUCGUCACAAAAGCUGGCAGAAGAAUGUUUCCUACUUUUCAAUGUCGAUUAUUUGGUUUGGAUCCGAAUACUGAGUACCUCUUAGUCAUGGAUUUUAUACCUUGUGAUGAUAAGCGGUACAGGUAUGCUUUCCACAGUAGUGCCUGGGUUGUAGCUGGCAGAGCAGAUCCCGUUUCACCACCCAGAAUUCAUGUUCAUCCUGAUAGUCCAGCCAGUGGUGCACAUUGGAUGAAACAACCCGUUUCAUUUGAUAAGCUGAAACUCACAAACAAUCAACUCGACGAUAAUGGCCAUAUAAUUCUGAAUUCUAUGCAUCGAUACCAACCAAGGUGUCACGUCGUCGUUGCGCCGUCACCACCUGGAUCAAGUCCGGAUCCACGAACAGAAAAUUUCAAAACGUUCGCAUUUCCAGAAACAAGAUUUACAGCAGUCACAGCUUACCAAAAUCACAGAAUCACCCAAUUGAAAAUAGCAAGCAACCCAUUUGCGAAAGGUUUUCGUGAUUGUGAACCAGAUGAAUGUGAAUCUCCGUCUUCUGGUCCUCAAAACCCGGCCAAAAGACCAGCUACAGGAAAUGCAGGCGUUUUAUCAGCAAGUUAUCCCGGAAGUAUCCCGUUGGUAUCCACAAUACCUAGCCAAGAACAGCAUCAUCAAUUUUACGGAACGAGUGCAGGUCACUGGGCUUAUUCCAAUCAUCAUCAGUCUAGUCACGUGGUCACUUCACCUCAUUACUCCGCACAUCCUCAUCAUCCUCAUCCGGGACAUGCGCCUUCUUUGUAUGGGCCAAGGUAGUCCUUAUACCAAAUUAAAAAGUUGUAAAAAUGUGUAAUUUCAAGAUUUAAGAUGAGAAAUUUAAAACUUAUCAAGUUUGGAAGGCACUUGUCGAUAUUUAAACAUUUUAAACACCGUAUAGUAUUAUGCGUUUUGAAGUUGCAAAUUGGACAAAAGUUGUGUUUUCAAAGUUCAAGAGUGAAAUAUAAUCAAAAUAUUAUUUUAGAUGAUCACUAUUAUUUCAUAUUAGAGCUAGAUGUUCUUCAGUUUAAGUGUUUGCAAUUACAAACAUUUUUAGAUAAUCGGAAACAAAUUUUCGAUUUUUAGUUUUAUAGAAUUAAAAAUAUU